AAUUCGCCUUUCGACUUUCAUCUCGGCCAACAAGUGCAGGUUCCCCUGUGUUUUGCAACCCGUAACAUCUAGCCGUUGCCAAGCCCCCCCAGGAUCCGCGCCACAAUUGCCAAUUCUCCAUCUAGUGAAGAUCCGAAUCUCCAGCCCCGACUUCUGUCUGGCUCCUGCAACGCUGGCCUUUUCUCCUUGGUAUUGAGAGACAAAAAAAGCAGCGUACAAGCUACGCCUCCUCCGCUCCUCUAGCCAUCUCGCUCGAGAUAGCCACAUGCUCCCGCAACAGCCAACGUCUCCGCGACGCUCGCGCCAAAUCAAGUACUGCUGGAGGCCAUCGUCCCAAUACGAGCCGUCUGAACGCCGUUUUCGCUCCUGAACGGCAGGCUGACAACAAACGAAGAACGACGUCGAUCUCUGACCCUUUUUUUUUCUGCGACGCAACAGCCAUGGGCUCGGAUAAUCGUCGACCCGGCCUCUUUCGUGAGACGACAGCCGAUGGCCGCUCCAGCGAGCCCCUGCUCUCCAGACCCGACUCUUCUGAAGGGGCAGACUUGGGCGACAAGGACGUCGAGAGAGGCCGAUCUUCACGAUCCUCAGGCGACGGACAGGCUGCUGGAGCGUCCAACAUCGGCUCGGGCAACAUGUACGAACCAAUCUCGCGACCAGCGACAAUGUCUCGGCGCUCGACGAUGCGCAGCCGCAGCCCGGGCGAAUUGGCCGCCAGCUCGGCGCGCAAGAAGUACACGUAUGCGGCAUUCUUCCUCGUGCUCAGCCUGGUGGCCUUUUGCGUGCAGACCGAGCUGAGCGCGCACAUCCAGGGCGACCUGGGCUGGGACAAGGCCUACUGCAUGAUGUUCUUCACGCACAGCUCGUGGGUGCUGAUGUGGCCGGCCCAGCUACUCAUUCUGCGGCUGCAAAAGCGUGACAUGCCGUGGGAGACAUUCUGGCGACGCCACCUGCAGCUCGUCAAGUCGACAGCCCUCAUGGUCGAGCUGCAGACGCUGGACGUCUUUGGCUUGCAGCGGCCCGCCGCAAAGUCGGUGCGAUAUCUGGCCCGAACUACGGCUUUCAUCACCACGGCCCUGACGGUGGCUGGCUUGAGCUGGUACGUCGCCGUCAGCCUCACCACGCCGUCCGACCUCACCGCCAUUUACAACUGCUCGGCCUUCUUCGCCUAUGCGUUCUCCGUGCCUCUGCUCAAAGAGCCGUUGCGCCUGGACAAGUCGGUUGCCGUCAUCAUCGCCAUCAUCGGCGUCCUGGUGGUGGCCUAUGGUGACACUGGUGGCCAAUCUGCCGAGGGCCAGGGUGUGGAUGAGGGAGAGGGCGUGGACGUAGAAGCAGGCAGCCGUUUUCUGGGCAACAUUGUCAUCGGAGUUGGCUCUGUGCUGUACGGCCUGUAUGAGGUCUUGUACAAGCGUUUUGCCUGUCCUCCAGAUGGCGUCUCCCCUGGCCGGGGUAUGAUUUUCGCCAAUACCUUUGGCUCUUGCAUCGGCCUCUUCACCUUGAGCGUGCUCUGGAUCCCGCUGCCUCUCCUGCACUGGUCCGGCCUAGAGAUUUUCGAGAUUCCAAACGCCUCGACGUGCUGGCUCAUCUUGUGUGCCGUGCUGGCCAAUGCCACAUUCAGCGCUUCGUUCCUCAUCCUCAUAUCUCUUACGUCACCCGUGCUGUCGUCUGUCGCCGCACUUCUCACCAUCUUCAUCGUUGCUCUUGCGGAUUGGUUCAUUACUGGCCAGCCAUUGAGCCCCGCGGCGGUGAUUGGCGGCUCCAUGAUCAUUGUUGCGUUUGGUGCGUUGAGCUGGAGCACUUACCGGGAGAUGAUGGAGCACGAAAUUGCGAAGAGGAAGGUGGAUUUGGCCGACAGUGACGAGGAUGGCGAUCUGAGCAGUCAUGAAGAUUGAAAUAUUUUUAUUUUCUUCUUCUUUUUUACCAUUUCUGUCAUUUUUUUCUCGGAAGAAUAGUAAUUUGUUUACGGGGAACACUUCCUCUUCUAGACUCGGAGUUGCAUUGGCUUUAGAGGCGUUUAUAUAUGCAUUGUGGGUGGAGUAUUCUUGAUCUCACGGGUAUGGAUUAUGGAUGGACAUAAUGGACAUGCUACGGGGCGGUCAAGAUAGAACACGGGUUAUAUAUUUGCCCAAGUGGCAGAACAAUCAUGGGGGAAUAUUUGGCAAUGUACUGUCGUGGCUCCGAAUCGCCAAGGGGCAGCUAUAGACUGGCAU